AUGCAUCGAUUGGUCGCGUUUGUAGUGCUGUGUGCUGCCGGUUUGGCAAGUGCUAAAGACACAUCGGUACGCUCAACCGAAUGGCAGGGGCGUAUUAUCGGUGGUAUGAAUGCUGCGUCGGGCCAGUUCCCGUACCAAGUAUCGCUGACAGCAUCUUACCAACACUUCUGCGGUGGUGCAAUCAUCGGCGAUUACUGGAUCUUAACGGCGGGACACUGCCUGAUCAACCGUCAGCCGGCGGAUGUGAUUGCCGUUGUUGGUGCGCUAACGAGCGCCCACGGUGGCUUCAACUACGAUGUGCAGCAGUUCAUCGUGCAUCCCAACUUUAACGAGUGGACGCAGCAGAAUGAUGUUGCCUUAGUUCGCACCAGGAGAGCGAUGCAUUUCAAUACGGCCGUGUUUCCGGUGAAGAUGGCCCGCACGUACACACCCGCCAAUCGGGCUGUGCUUGCGUCCGGAUGGGGCUUGAAGUCGCUCACCAUUGCGAAGCCGGCCGAUGUGCUGCAGUACGUGGCCCUGCGUACGAUCAGUAACGAUGAUUGUUCGCAACGUUUCCACAGUCUGCAGAAUCGAGUUGUCACUCCCAGCAAUCUGUGCACAUUCAGCCGGACCGCGCAGGGCACUUGCAUGGGUGACUCCGGUAGUCCGCUGGUUAGCGACGGUGAGCUGGUUGGGCUCGUGUCGUGGGGUAUUCCGUGCGCCGUCGGUUAUCCGGAUGUGUACGUACGCGUAUCAUCGUUCCGCGCCUGGAUCACUGCAAUUACGGGCGUGUACUAA